GACCGCGUACUGUGAUGUCGCGCGAAUGGGCGGUACUGGCUGGGUGCGUGGUGAGGCGCGAGUGGCAGACGACUCUGAUUUCCAAACCUUAAAGAACCUCCUUGCUUCUGAUAUCGGCUGGAAUCUGGAGUAUGAGAGGGACGGCGUCAAAGUUUGGGCCGAAGAUGCCGCCCAUGGCGCGCUUCGGACAGUCAAGGUGGUUGCGGAUUUCGAAGACGUGGAACCGGAUGCACUUUAUGACGUGCUCCAUGACCCAGAGUACCGGUCAGUGUGGGACACGCAUAUGUUGGCGGCCGAGGACGCCGGACACAUCAAUGUCAACAACGAUGUUGGGUACUAUGCCAUGUCAUGUCCAGCGCCGCUUAAGAACCGUGACUUCGUGCUGCAGCGCUCCUGGCUUGACACGGGUGACGAGAAGAUGAUCCUUAACCAUUCUGUGUACCACAAGGACUAUCCACCAAGAAAAGGAUUUGUUAGGGCCCUAUCGUUGUUGACCGGAUUCGUGGUUCGUUCGCGGCCUGUCGGUCCGGGAAGCUGGCUCGGCUAUUUGUCUCGAUCUGACCCGAGAGGAGCGUUGCCCGCUUGGCUUGUCAAUAGGGUAACGGCACAGCUCGCUCCAAGAUUAGUUCAUCAAUUACAAGCAGCUGCUCGUCGCUACCCAGGGUGGAAGGCACUAACUGAUCACCCUUACCACAAGCCCUGGAGACACCCUGAACAGGUCCCCUCAUAUAGAAUUAAACUUGAAGAUUGCAUUGACCCAGAUGCUCAGCCUCCGCCAGCUCCACCACAGGAACCAAAACCAAAUACAUCCAAGAAACUCUCGUUACCACAAGUACAAGUCAAGGAAGUAGAGAGUCAGAGCGUCGAAGACUUGGGAGACAUAUCAUCAGAGUUCAGCGUAGAAGUCGAAGAAUUCGCCGACCUUAACAUAGACCCUACAAAGAAAAAAGGAAAAUUCUAUAGAUUAGUCAAAUCAAUGAAGAAUAGACGGAAAAGCGUUCAAGUGACAAAGAGUACGGAUAAUCUAGUUGAUGGGAAACCAGAGGAAAAGCAAGAAAAGAAAAAGCCUUUUAAGUUUCAUCGUAGAUUCAGUCUGAGUAGGGGUCGGGAAGAUUGAUAUUGUUCGUCGUGAGUCAAGUAAUAAACAAUGGUACGAAUUCUAAGUAAUGAAAUGUUUCGGUUGUGUAUUGAGCUCGUGGUUAUAUAUAGGUACUCAUAUAAAGAAUGUAUAUGUAAUGAAACGGUUCAGUUAUGUGUCUCGUAGCGGAAGCGUAGCAAUGAGGUACCCGGUACUGCUACGAGCUACGAGCUACGGGAACGUAGAGGGCACAUGAUGGAUAUAAUUGUGUUUAAUCAUUUAUGUAGUAAUUUUGAAAUUCCGAUCUUAUAUAAUAACUAUUAAAACUUAAAUUUUCCAGCUCAUUACAUAUACUUUCUCAUGAGUACCGAAUAUUAGAAUUGCUACCGUUUACUGUGAUUGUAUAUGUUAAAGGAAUAUUUAAGGGAAUUGUUCGUUGUAGCCAGUUUUAUACGCCCUACUUGAUGUUGAUGUAGUGAUGUUGUUUGGAUAUUGUAAAAUGUUAUAUAUUAAAUUUUAUACAAAGUUUCUCAUGUAUUCUUCUGUGAGGAUAUCUUAACACUGUGAACUGAGUAUUUAAUGCAUAAAAGUUAUAUUAAAUACUAUGUCCAUCUUUAGCAAAUUUUUGACUUGUCUACUCUUAACUAAAUUAUGAUUUAUCGCUUAGCGUUUUGACGUUUUUUUUUUCACUCACCUAUUAGUACAAUCCUCUAUCUUUUUAGAGUUAUAAGUGUACUGAGACGUGGUUAGUAGAAACUAUCCCAUCUUAACUCUAGGUCAACAUAUCUAUAUUAUUAUAAUUAAGCUUAAUGAACGUUCUGUACAACGGAUAUCAAGCGAAGUUUAGGGAGAUUCUCAACAUUGAAAAAGUUAAUGAAUUUGUGUUUUUUUUUGAGAUAACCUAUGCUUAUAUUUCCCUACCAUUUACCAUGCCAUCGUAGCUUCUAUCUUGGAAUCUAAAGCUUGGGAAAUAUAUCUAUAUAAGCGGUAUAUUUAUUCCAAUGUUACAUGUCUUUGCAUUACUGUAUUGAUAGACGUUGGCCGUGUUGACUUGGUACAAAGAUUGUGAGUUUGCUAUUUAUAAACGUAAAUUAAUUAAAACUUACGUAAAGAGUGUUUAAAAGUGGAAACUAUAUCAAACUCGCCCCAGUUUAUAUAACAAAUGUAUAAGUUGUUGAUUUAGCUUAAAUGUUUAAAGGCUUUUGUAAGGAGCUAAAUAAAGUUCCAUUCUUUUUAUAAUUAAAGAUUUGACAAAUUUGAAAACCUUUUGAAAUUAGAGAGGGCAUAUUAUUAUAUAUUUGAUUUUUUAAUCAAUUAAGUUUCCACGAACUUCCGUUUACUUAUCAUGUUCAUUAAUUAAUAUAAUUCUAAACACUUAGCCAGUCGUAUAGUACACGUUGCUUUUUACUACAUAAAACGUGUUAUAUGCUUUAUCAAAAUCAUUUAAAUUAAAUUUUGUUAAGUUAAUGUGGGGUUAAGACAAAAUGAUAUAUCACGAACAAACAGUAAAUAAAUAAAUUGUAAUAAAGACAAACAAAUGUAAAAGGCCAGCCACGCACUUGCGAGCUCUCUGGCAUUGAGGGUCUCACAGGGCAGCGGUAUCACUUAACUUUAAGAAAGCCUCCUGCCCAUUUGCCCUCUGUUCUAAAAAUCAUUUGUAAACUAUUAACUAUUUCUACUUACAAGAUUUUCGAUCAGUAUUCUUAAACUCAGAUAUUUAUAUUAUUAUUUUAUAUAUAAGUUAAAUAUCUAAUCUAUAAUGUAACUUCAUAUUGUCUACAUAAGGUAAUAUAUUAUAGGACUGUUAAUG